AUGGCAACCAAAGAGAACACAGAGACUGCUCCCGAAUUCCUCUACCACGUCAAACGCACCAUCACCGACUACCACGCAGACAAGUCCGGUGCAACUCGCAUAACCGACAUCCUAGGAACUUUCACCGAUCUCAAAGCCGCAAAGGCCGCCGCACUCUCAGCUCUUGCCUCGGAAGGAUACGUCAAAGAUGACUUCGAGGUUUACGAAGACAACACCGACCCAGAGAACUGGAAGCACGGAGACGGCGUCCUAGCGUACGCAAAAGCACCCGCAGGCCAAGAAUUCGAGGUCCGCUUGGACACGAAGCCAAAUGUCCCGAAACUCCAAGGAAAUGCUUCAGGAGAGAAAGUCCUCCAAACAACCAUAAACUACAACAACGACCGUAUCGGCGGCAUCCAGAACACCGAAGUCGAAGGCACGUAUCCCUCGCGCGCUGCGGCCUACGCCGCCGCGCAUUCGGUCCUGAUCGACAACGAGGUGACCAAAUCCUCGUAUGCGGAAUACGACGAGAAGGAGGAGUUUAAGGGGGACUGGCCGUAUGGGGACGAGGUUGAGGACACCAUGGGGGUGAGAAGUGUGAGUGCGCAUGUAAGCAUACGGAGGGAGGAUGUAAGAGUAAGGCUUGUGGGCAUGCGGAUUGUGAGUGCAAGUAAGAAGUGGGUGUAUUUGUGA